GCCUUUGUGAUGUUGGGAUGUGGUGCUGUAUACCUCGGCGUACGAUGCAUGCACCCCAUGUUGCGGUCACUUGUUGUGGCUGUGCGACUGAUUGGUGAAACGUGAGAGAGACGCAACUGGUCACGCCGUUUGAUGGUUGUGUCCGAAGGUGUUGCGCAAAGUAUCGCAAGGAGUCGCGCGGCAACCUGUGCUUUCCUUCUCGGACCUCCGGAGGAAGAAAGCCCCCGUAUCAAGUUAUUGCGGGCGAUGCUGCGAAAAGAGUAUGGAGUGACGAGCUCCGUGGAGUUUUGUUCCUGUACCUGCCGGCGCUUUGCAAACUCCGAUUCCUGGUUCAUUCUGCAAGGUGGUGGGUACGUGCCAUGUCCAAGGAUCAUCGCCAUUGCUGUCAUCAUCAAACUACCUCGCGAGGGAACGCGAUUGCCUUGAACGGGACCCUCACCCCCGAACGCGGACGGCGGCGGACCGGCGGACACAUCGAUCACCUGCUGCAGUGCUACGCGACCAGUUACUGAGCUGUUUGGGCAGUCUGCGGCUGACUAGUCUGCAAAGAAGCUGCCGGAGGGGCUCACCCGCUCGCGGGCUCUCUUGGAAAGACAGAGCUGUCACACACACGAUGGCACCAGGGCAGUCAUCACGGCCAACAUCGCCAGGAGCGGGACCGGCACACCCGGCAGCAGGCAGUCUGCGGCUGACUAGUCUGCAAAGAAGCUGCCGGAGGGGCUCACCCGCUCGCGGGCUCUCUUGGAAAGACAGAGCUGUCACACACACGAUGGCACCAGGGCAGUCAUCACGGCCAACAUCGCCAGGAGCGGGACCGGCACACCCGGCAGCAGGUGGACGAUCGCGGACCCGCACACCCGUAGUGUCGCCGCCGGCCGCCGGAGCGGCCACGCAUCAAGCGACCGGAGUUCAAAUGCCGGCGAUCCCGGGCUGCCCCGCGGGCCUGGAAUACCUCACGCAGAUCGACCACCUUAAAGUCCGCCAGUCUGUAAAUCUCCUCAAUAUGUUCUUGCCGAACGUGCUGCCGAGCGAGUACUUGGUGACGAACGCCAUGGACCAGUUUGUCUUCAAGGUCACCGAGGACGACAACCUCUUGUGCACGGGCCUGGGCCCCAGGCGGGCCUUCCAGAUGGGGCUGCACGACUCCCGCGAUGCCGAAGUGUUGCGGCUUGACCGGCCACUUCGAUGUGAUUCGUGUCUCUGUUUUUGCUGCCUCCAGAAAAUGGACGUGCGGGAUCAAUCAGGUGCAACGAUCGGCUCCCUCAGGAUGCAGUGCACCCUGCUGUUUCCGAAUUUCACAGUGCUGGACAGCCACAACAACGCUGUCCUGCUGAUUAGGGGGCCCUGCUGCACACGAGCCAUCUGUUGUGAUACCGUGAAGUUCGAUAUCGUAACCAUGGACGGAGUCACGAAGAUUGGCGCGAUAACGAAGCUCUGGAGCGGAUCGUGCAAGGAAGCCUGCAGCAUAGGCGACAGCUUCGCGGUCACCUUCCCCCUCGAUUUGGACGUCAAGAUGAAGGCGGUGCUGCUCGGUGCCGUCUUUCUGCUUGACGCCAUAUACUACGAGGGCGGAGACUGUGCCACGUGCCGGAGUUGUGUCGGUCAGCUAAUCUGCAAAACUUAUUAAUGUUGACAACAGAUUAGACAUACGCACAAGAUUCCAACUUACAACACACUUGACUGCUGUAAUAAAAUACCAUCAUAAAUCAAUAAAUACCAUGCUGUAAUAAAAUACCAUCAAAUUCAUAA